AUGUCCUCCCAACCUGGAAAGAAACUCCUCGUCAUCCUCGGCAUAACCGGCCAACAAGGCUCCUCCGUCGCGAACCUCUUCCUCAACGACCCCUCGCUCUCCAGCACCUGGUCCCUCCGAGGCAUAACCCGCAACCCCACCAAACCAUCAAACAAACACCUCAUCGACGCCGGAGUUGACCUCGUAGCCGGCGACCUCGAUGACGUCCAAUCCCUCAAAGCAGCAUUUAGAGAUGCAGACGCCAUCUUCGCCGUCACAGAUUUCUGGCAAUUCCUUCAGGCGGACCAACACCCCUCAACGUUCACUGAAGCGGAGAAGCGAGGCGUGAAGCCGAACGUCAUCGCCAUGGAGAAGGAACUCGUGCAAGGGAAGAACAUCAUCGACGCCGCGGCCGCUGUGCACAAGGAGAAACCCUUGCAUCGACUCGUCAUUUCGACGCUCUCGGAUUCGAAGAAGUGGUCCAAGGGCGAGAUUGCGAAUAAUCUGCACUUCGACGGCAAAGCGCAUUACUGCGAUUAUCUCAAGGAGACGUAUCCUUCCCUGGCGAAAGCGACGUCGUAUGUGCAGGUCGGAUUUUAUUUGUCCAACAGCAUCGGGAAUCCGUUUUGGGCGCCGCAUAAAGAUCCCGGGAACCCUUCGGAGUACAUCGUCCCUCACGGCAGUGUUCCUAAACCUCAGUACCCAGUUCCGUUUGUGAAUCCGCCACAUGAUGUGGGAUACUUCGUCGAAGCGUUGAUCAAUCGUGCCCCGCCGGAGACGGACAUGCUGGGAUACUGCAAGGAGCUGUCUUUUGACGAGUUUGCGGUGGUGUGGGGGAAGGCGUUGGGCGUCAAGGCACGUAGCAAAAUCCUUGAGGAGGGAGACUUGGUGAAGCUUGGGGUGCCGGACUGGUUGGCUCAGGAGGUCUCUGAAAGUGGGCAGUAUGGGACGAAGUGGGGCUGGGCUGGUGGUGAUCCGAAUGUGAAGACGCCGGAGGAGUGUGGUGUCGAUAUGAGCAAGUUGACGGAUGUCGGAGAGUGGGUGAAGACGCAAGAUUGGAAGUUGUGA